AUGGCGGCUCCUCAGGUUCACCACCUCUUCCACGCUCCCAUUGCGGACCACUCGUUCUCGGCCGACCGCCAGACUCUCGCUAUCGCCCGCGAUUCCACCAUUGAGCUGUACGGUCAGUCAGGCAACGCCUUCAAGCUCAAGGAUGAGUUGAAGGGACACGACAAGACCGUUACCAGUGUCGAUAUCGCCCCUAACAGUGGUCGCAUCGUCUCAUGCUCCCAAGAUCGUAACGCCCUCGUGUGGGAGCCCUCGCCGAACGGAUACAAGCCUACUCUCGUCCUCCUCCGAAUCAGCCGUGCUGCCACCUUUGUGCGCUGGUCCCCUUCCGAGACCAAGUUCGCUGUCGGCUCUGGCGACCGUGUUAUUGCGAUUUGCUACUUUGAGGAGGAGAACGACUGGUGGGUUUCGAAGCACCUGAAGAAGCCGAUUCGCAGCACCAUCACCUCCGUCGCUUGGCACCCUAAUUCGGUCCUUCUCGCCGCCGGAUCUACCGAUGCCCAUGCCAGAGUUCUCUCCAGCUUCAUCAAGGGCGUCGACCAACGUCCAGAGCCCACCGCCUGGGGUGAGAGACUGCCCUUCAACACCGUCUGCGGAGAAUACCUAAACAACUCCGCCGGCUGGGUGCAUUCUGUCUCUUUCUCCCCUAGCGGAAACGCCUUGGCUUUCGCUGCCCACGACAGCAGCAUCACCGUCGUUUACCCUAGCGCUCCCGAGCAGCCGCCCCGCGCUGUUGUCACCAUCACUACCCAACUUCUUCCCUUCAUGAGCCUGAUCUGGAGUAGCGAGGACGAGAUCAUUGCUGCUGGCUACGACUGUGAGGCCUUCCGCUUCAAGGGUGGCGAGGGCGGUUGGGCUUUGGCCGGAACGCUCGAGUCUAAGGGUCGCCCAGGCCUGAACGACGCUCGCGAGGAGUCUGCCUUGAACAUGUUCAGGCAGAUGGAUCUCAAGGGCAAGGUCAAGGAUGACACCCAACUCAAGACAGUCCACCAGAACACUGUGACCAGAGUUCGCUCGUACGAAGAGUCAGGCGGCAACGUGACAAAGUUUACUUCAAGCGGUGUUGAUGGAAGAAUCGUCAUUUGGAGCACUUAG